UCAUGUCGAGUCUACCGGAGAAAGGCAGGUGCACUGGUGAAAGAAGUGUCAUACUACCAGAUGCGGUUAUUGACAUGCCACCGUGAAACUGUCAAUUGACACUUUUUUGCAGCGAUGUAGAGAGGAGAUGAGGAGCUCUGUCAACAAACAAACUAAAGGACUAUGACAGCAACAAGUGCAGUGGGACAUUACAUUGUCUACUUCACCUGUAUGGAAGAGGAGAAAGGGCCUCUCGGAAAGGACCAGGUGCAGUCAGUUUUGUUCAGUUUUUCACAAAUUUCACCACUGAAAGCUGUCAAAAUGAUGCCUGGAGGGCCCGGCCCUGCAACUGAUGCUACUGAAGAAAUUCAGAAGAUCUGUGAUAGUGUGAAGUCUGAUGCAGAGCAAAAAGCAGGAAAGUCCUAUGAUGUCUUCACCGCCAAGAGUUACAGGAGUCAGGUUGUGGCCGGGACCAACUACUUCAUAAAGGUGCAUGUGGGAGGAGACAAUCAUGUUCACCUCCGUGUUCACAAACAACUCCCAGUUAAUGGAGGAGGCCUGAAACUGAGUGAUAUGCAGCAAUCCAAGAGCCACGAUGACCCUAUUGAGUACUUUUAAUAGGAUCAGAAACUGAGCAAAGCAUCCCAUCAUUGUAAUCAAUUAUUAUCAAAAUGCCUUCUUUUAUCCUGGCUCAUUAUAUAAAAACAAUGCAGUUCCCAUUACUAACAUAUAAUAAUAUACUGUAGAGCAUGAUGACAGGAGUAUGACAAGAUGGAACAAUUUUGUACAAGAUGAAUAAAUAAAUGAAUCAGAUUUGUUGUGACUCUA